GUGAAAGAACUUGGAUGGAAAUUAGAUUAUUAUAUCUUUCAGGAUUAUCUUGGAAGUGCCUGGAGGGUUGGAAGUUAUAUAUGAGUCUUGCUUUUCCUGGCAUGUUAAUGUUAUGUCUAGAAUGGUGGUCUUUUGAAGUCCUAGUCUUUUUAGCAGGUACAUUAGGAACCACAUCGUUAGCAGCGCAUUCUAUUUUAUAUCAAAUGGCUGCCAUUAUGUUUAUGACACCGUUAGGAUUAGCUCAAUCAGCAUGUGUUCGAGUUGGUAAUUUACUAGGAGAAGGAUUACAUCAAAUGGCUGCUAACUCAGCUCAUGUUAUAGUUUCAUUUACUUUUUUUAUAGCUAUAUUUGAUGCGAUACUUUUGUGUAGUUUUAAAGACUUGAUACCGUUAUGUUUUACACAAGACAGAGAUGUAAUAGAUCUAACUUCUAAUCUUCUCCUGAUAUUGGCAGUGUUUCAUGUAGCUGAUGCUUUAGAAGGUGUAGCAUCAGGAGUAUUAAGAGGUACAGGACAACAGAGAUUUGGAGCAGUUGUAAAUCUUAUAGCAUAUUAUAUUGUUGGUCUUCCUAUAGCUAUAGUACUUAUAUUUUAUACAUCACUUGGUACAGCAGGAGCUUGGUGGGGUAUAUGUUUUGGUAGUACAUUCCAGUGUAUUUCAUUUUUUAUUAAGAUUUCUUUUUUAAACUGGGUUGAAGAAUCUAAAACGGCCUCUUUAAGAGCUGGAGUUAAAACUACAAAAAUAGAUGGAGUACAAGAUGAAUGUACGGUUUCAGAAGGAGAAGAUAAUCAACAGUUGAUAGAAGCUGAUCAUCUCUUGUUAACAGAAAGUCCCAGUUUAAACAGUAUUAAUAGUAACGAUACAGAAUACAUGGAAUCUGAAUACAAUAGAAAAAGACGCCUAAUUCUCAUCCGCCUGAUUCCAUUUGUGUGUUGUUUGAUAUUUUUAAUAAUUGGCAUCGUUAUUCAUGAAUACCUAAAAGAGUUUACUGCACAUCAACAUUGUGUUUUGAUGCAUGGACAUGAUUUUAAUCUGACUUACAUCCAUGAGCUUUUAAUGGAUCCACAAGAGCACAACUUAACAAAAAAUGAUGUGGACAUGCUCAAUACUACUUAUUAUUUCGAAAGCCAGAAUUUUGGGAAUCAGACAUUCAUAUAUUGUCCGCACAAUGUUCCUGAUUUCUAUCAUGGAGACUACGAGGAUUUUAAUCAGACGAAACUUUACAAGUUAUUCUAUCCAAGACUUACGUUUCAUCCAUUGGGUUAAGUUGUUUCAAAAAUUAUCGAUACAGAUUAUUAUUUUUAUAAUGAAAACAGACAAAUGCUUAAACAAAUAAUUUGGUUAACUGACUUAAUAUUUUGUGCCAAAUUGUGAAAUCUAGCAUAUGUCAUGUGCAGAGGUUAUUUAAAUAUAAUUUUUUUACAGUGAUAGAAAAAUGAGCAGAUGAUUAGAUUUCUACUAAUUUAGUAAAUAUUAAUAUUUACCAACAAGAUAUCUACAAUAAAGUUGUGAAGUUGAUUAAGAAUAAAUGUCUUCUUGUACAGUAAAGUAAAGUUGAUUAAGAAUGAAUGUCUUGCUGUACUGUAAUGUAAAGUUGAUAGUCUAUAAAGAUGAGUUUUGUGAUAUUGACAUGUGGGGUGGGGGGGCGGAUUUUUGUUUAAAUAAUUAGGCCAAACAAAAAAAAAUAUUCUUGCUCUCAGACAAUCAUUCCUUAAAAAUCUAACGAGGGAGGGAGGUUUUUGUUUUUGUGUUUUUAUUUUGUGUUCUCAUAAAUAUCUCAUUUCAAGGCAAUGCAUUAUCUCAUCAUGUUGUUUAUAGAAAUAUAUGAUUAUCUAGUGUCAUUUAUGAUUGCCAAAAACAUGGUUGCUUAUUUGAUAGUUGAGCAUAUGGUACAUUUAUUCCAUUUUAUACAUUCACAUUGAAAAGUGGUUGUAUAUUGUUGUCGACCCCCUCUGUCCACAAUUGCUUGUGGAUGCUCGAGAGUCUAAAGUUGAUAUCUGAUUGACUUUAAAUUUAUACACACUGUUCUAGGUCAUGUCAUGAAGAAGCCUAUACAACGAUUUCCAAUAAUUGCUGCAAGAGUUAUGGCCCUUGAUCGCUCUUAAGACCAAAGUGUUAGCAUGGGGCAGAACAAGAAGCCAAACAAAUCCUAAUGAUAAUUACUUAAUGGUUUGUUGGCCUAUUCUUAAUAGUCUUUGUGUCUUGUUUUUUUAUAGAGUUACUUCCUGUAUCUAAGGGAUAAUACUUAUGUGCCAUAAUGAAUGGAACUGUUUAUAUUUAUUGAAAUAAAAAUGGGUCAUGCGGCUCUUUUUAAGUGACACUGGAGUACUGAGAAACGGAAUAUUUUUUUUUAUAUGGCCUUAUCGUUGGUUGAUUUUUUGAAAACAUUUCAAUUUAGAAUGCAUUUAAUUGUUUGUUGUGAUAUUGAACUCGAAAUAUUUUAUGUAACAAUCAUAACAUUAAUAUUAUUUUGCGAUUUCACAAUUAUGAUUCCUAGAGGACUUUGAGCUCUUGUCAGAUUUUAUUUUUAGUAAUGGAGUAAUUGUCUUUUUAUUUCUUUUUUUUUUUUAGAAAACUGCAAUUUAGAAGGAAGGCAUUUAUUUGAUUGUUGAUACUAUUCAAAAUCAAUUUAUGGUCAUAAAGAUUAUGUUUUGUGAUCCCUCUAAAGAGGACUUAGAUUUAUUUUUGUUUUGUUUUGUUAUUUUACCGGUAAUUAGCAUUCUUAUUAUUUAUUAAAAGUCCCAAUUGUAUGUUAUUUAUUAUAUGCCCCAAUCGAAUUUUAUGAUUUAUUAUAUGUCCCAAUCGAAUGCGAUCUUUAAGUUAAUAAUGGCUAACCAAAACACACAUCUAUUAUGAAAUUCAGUGUUGAUAAACAAAAGACAAUCCAAUGAAGAAAAAGAAAGAAACAGGAUCACCAAAUUCCAUAAGUGGCAACUACCAUGUCAAUGGAUAUUUCUAUUGGUAUUUUUUAAUCCAAUCGCGUUGUCAUGGUAAUGUUAAUUUGAAUUUACAAUUUCAACCCUUUAGCACUUGGUACAUGUAAAUAGUGACUACCCAAGUGGCCCCAAGUUCUUUGCAGAAAUAAAGAAAAGAGUGAUAUAUAUUUUAGACUGGGAUAUCCCUAUCCUGCCUGAAACCGUCAGAAACUACUAUUCCAGGGACUGCCUCAAUUAGCUCUUCAUAUUGCAGGACUGUAUACUAGUUCAUGGAGGUACCACACAUAUUCGCAUGACUCAGUCUACUUGAUUAAGAACUACCAGCAAGCAAACAUUCACACUGCAAGUUUCUUGCGAUCAAGUCAAACUGUUGUUGUUAAUUCGAAUUAUAUUAUGCAAGGAGAACAGGGUAUUAUUUAUUUUUGCGCUGAUGCCAAAUGAUAAUUAAUAGUGCUAAAUAGUAUUCCCUUAAAGCCAAACAUGUAUGUAUGAUCUAAAAAGAGGAGAAAUUAAAUUUAUGAUUAGCUGGUUUGUUCAUUGCUCAAGACAAUAAGGGCAGCAAUGCCACAAGCAUGUUAACCCUGCUCAGUAACAUGGAAUACAGGGUGAAAUGCAGGGAAGUCUUCCUUGGGGUAAAAGUGUAUAGUUGUUUACUUUUGAAAUGUUGUUUAAUUGCUUAAUUCAGUAUUAAAUCUCUUAAGUACCAGUAAUAAAGGCUCAAUAUUCAAGAAUACAGAUUAAAUGGCUAAUGUAGACUUUCAAAUCAUGAAGAAUAAAAAGUAGUUCUACCAGUAAGGAUUUAAGUUAAUCAGUCCCAACAUAAUCUGUAGCCACUUGAAGUUUACACUGUUUUCUAUUGAGUUCGCGCUGCCAUCUUUAUUUUGCUUAUAAUCAUCUGUAGGCACUGGAACGAUAAUUCAUUUCUUUCCACAAACAUUUGGACGCAAUAUUAUGUUUUAUAUUACUAUAUAAAGAACAAAAUUCAGCAUUUUCAUACAUUAAUAUUAUUAUUUCAUCAAAAUUAAUUGUUCCAUCUCUUUAGCUCAUCAGAAUAAUGGCUCUAAAAGACAAUGUCAUAUCCCAGACCUUCUAGGUAACCUAUUUCAUCUAACAAUUGAUAGAUUUCAACCAAAUUUAGUAGUGGUGCUUAUUCAGAUUUGUUAAACAGAAGUUGAUACGGGUGGCGCAGGGCACAUGCACCCUUAAGGGACAAAUUUUUAGACAUGUUCGCACUUUUAUGUCUUCUUCCCUUAAACAACCCCUUUCUGGAUUUAAACCAAAUUUAAUGGGUAUAAUUUGUUUUAAAUUGUGGGAGGGUAAAGAAGGGGUUUCAUACCAAACCCUCUAGGACUUAAAUAAUGAUGGAUAAGUUUGAUAAAAUAAAAAAUGUUCUUGGAUAUAAUUUUUUGUCCAAGAAUUUCAGUUGUUUUUAUUUCUUUGUUUUUUUUUAUAAUUGUUAUAUAUUGUUAUUGAUUGAUAUUGCAAAGUCUACUUAAUUAUACUAGAUAUAUACAUUUUUGAUAUCUUUGUGUCAAACUUUGUGUGAUAUUAUUAUAUUAUGUAGGCCACU